CUGUUAUUUAUGAUUUUAUUUUCAGUAGUUUUUCAGUUUAGUUUUGUUAGUCUCUCAGCUCUGCAGUACUGGAAGUGUCCUAAUGGCCCUCCUGCAGGAAAUGGGGAUUCUACUUGUGUGGGCCCUGGACCCUUCUUAGUUUUCUACCAUGGAAAUAGCAUAUUUAGGAUUGACUCAGAAGGAACUAAUUAUGAACAAUUGGUGGCAGAUGCCGGAGUAUCCGUGCUCAUGGAUGUUUAUUACAAGCAGGAAAGAAUCUAUUGGGUUGAUUUAGAAAGACAACUUUUACAAAGAGUAUUUCUGAAUGGGACAAAGCAAGAGAAAGUGGGCAGUAGAGAGAAACAUGUUUCAGGAAUGGCAAUAAAUUGGAUAAAUGAAGAAAUUAUUUGGUCAAACCAACAAGAAGGAGUCAUUACAGUAACAGAUAUGAAAGGAAACAAUCCCCGAGUUCUCUUAAGUAGCUUAAAUUGUCCUGCAAAUGUAGCAGUUGAUCCAGUAGAAAGGUUUAUAUUUUGGUCUUCAGAGGUGGGUGGCAGCCUUCACAGAGCCCACCUCAAUGGUACGAGUGUGAAGAUUCUACUAAAGACACCAGAUACUAUUACAGCUAUGUCAUUGGAUGUACUUAAUAAACGACUCUUUUGGAUUCAGUACAGUAAAGGAAAAGAUUCUCAUAUUGGCUCCUGUGAUUACAAUGGAAGCUCUGUCCAUCUUAGCAAACAUCCCACACAACACAAUUUGUUUGCAAUAUCUCCUUUUGGUGACCAUAUCUUCUAUUCAACCAUGAGAAAGAAUGCAAUUUGGGUAGCCAACAAGCAAACUGGGAAGGAUAUGGUUAAAAUUAAUCUCAAUCCGUCCUUUGCACCACCUCGUGAAAUUAAAGUAGUGCAUCCACUUGUACAGACUGAGGCAAAGGGUGGUGUUCUCGAAUCUGAUCAGAAACUUUGCAAAUUGAGGAAAGGAAGCUGCCGAGACGGCGUGUGUGGGCAGGACUCCAAGUCCCAUGUGUGCACAUGUGCCGAGGGAUACACUCUAAGCCAUGAUGGCAAGUACUGUGAAGAUGUCAAUGAAUGUGCCCUAUGGAAUCAUAAUUGUACUCUUGGCUGUGAAAAUACCCCUGGAUCCUUUUAUUGCACAUGCCCUGAAGGAUUUAUUCUGCUUCCUGAUGGGAAACGAUGCCACCAAUUAGUUUCCUGUCCAAACAAUGGAGCUGAAUGCAGCCAUGGUUGUGUUCUGACAUCAGAUGGCCCUUUAUGUUUUUGUCCUGACGACUCGGUGCUUAAGGUAGAUGGAAAAACAUGUAGUGGUUGUUCAUCAUCUGAUAAUGGUGGAUGUAGCCAGCUCUGUGUUCCUCUCAGCCCAGUAUCCUGGGAAUGCAGUUGCUUUCCUGGGUAUGAUCUACAGAUGGACAAAAAAAGCUGUACAGCGUCAGGACCACAACCACUUUUGCUGUUUGCCAAUUCUCAAGAUAUUCGACACAUGCAUUUUGAUGGAACAGAUUAUGAAAUCCUAUUCAGUCAGCAGAUGGGAAUGGUUUUUGCCUUAGAUUAUGAUCCUGUGGAAAAUAAGAUAUACUUUGCCAAUACAGCCCUGAAGUGGAUAGAGAGAGCUAAUGUGGAUGGUUCAAACAGAGAAAGGCUUAUUGAUGCAGUAGAUGAGCCAGAAGGUCUUACUAUAGACUGGAUUAACCGUAAAUUCUACUGGACUGACAGAGGGAAGUCUCUCAUUAAAAGAAGUAAUUUAAAUGGAACACACCAUGAAAUAAUCAUUGAGUCAGACAUCUCUCAGCCACGAGGAAUUGCUGUUCAUCCAGUGGCCAAGAUAUUAUUUUGGACUGAUAUGGGGAUUAAUCCACGAAUUGAAAGCUCUUCUCUUCAAGGCUCUUACCGACGAGUUAUAGCUAGUUCUGAUCUGGUCUGGCCCAGUGGAAUAACGAUUGACUAUUUAGCUGACAAGUUGUACUGGUGUGACGCCAAGCUAUCUGUGAUUGAAAUGGCCAAUCUGGAUGGUUCAGAACGCCAAAGACUUGUCCAGAACGAUGUAGGCCACCCAUUUUCAGUAGCUGUGUUUGAGGAUUAUGUGUGGUUCUCUGAUUGGACUGUGCCAUCUGUAAUAAGGGUGAACAAGAGGACUGGCCGAAACAGGGUACAUCUCCGAGGCAGCAUGCUAAAGCCAUCAUCACUGGUUGUGGUUCAUCCAUUGGCAAAACCAGGAGCAGAUCCCUGUUUACACCAAAAUGGAGGCUGUGAACAUAUUUGCGAAGAGAAGUUUGGAAUUGCUCAGUGUUCAUGUCGUGAAGGUUUUAUAAAAGCCUCAGAUGGGAAAAUGUGUCUGACACUGAAUGGUCUUCAGGAAACAGCAGGCAGUGAAGCAGAUCUAAGCAAUCAAGUAGCACCACUGGGUACCUUAUCCACAAGUCAAAGCCUUGAAGAAAGCAGUGCAGAAGACUUGCAGUCUCAGCACCAACUAGUGGCUGAAAUCCUGGUGUCAGAUGAAGACGACUGUGCUCCCAUGAAAUGUGGCACAAACGCUUGGUGUGUUUCAGAAGGAGACAACGCCACAUGUCAAUGUUUGGAAGGAUUUGCUGGUGAUGGAAAGCUUUGUUCUGAUAUAGAUGAAUGUGAGAAGGACACCACCAUUUGCCCCGCAGCCUCAUCCCAGUGCAUCAAUACUGAAGGUGGCUUUGUCUGCAGAUGCCUUGAAGGCUACCGAGGAGAUGGAGUUCAAUGUCUUGAAACAACUCCACCCUCUUCCCUCAGGGAAGGUGACCUCCAUCCUGUCAGACACAUCUACAUCGAAUGUCCCCCAUCACAUGAUGGGUACUGUCUCAAUGGUGGUCUUUGCAUAUAUCUUGAACCAGUAAACCAGUAUGCAUGCAGAUGUGUUGUUGGCUUUGUUGGGGAGCGAUGUCAACACCAAGACCUGAGAUGGUGGGAACUACGUCAUGCUGGCCAUGGACGGCAGCAGGACAUCACCGUGGUGGCGGUCUGUGUGGUUGGGCUUGUCCUGAUAAUCCUCUUGGCAGUCUGGGGGAUUCGCUAUUACAGGAAUCAUAACAUGGCAUCAAAAACUCCAAAGAAUCCAUAUGAAGAGUCAAGCAGAGAUGUGAGCGGUAGCAUGCCUACUAACAAUGAGACUGGGAUGUCUUCUUGUCCGCAGCCUUGGUUUGUGGUUUUAAAGGAACACCAAGACCUCAAGUAUGGAAAUCAGCCUGUGGCCCUGAAGGAUGUUCAGGCAGCAGCUGUUGGGUCAUUGCAACCAACUUCCUACAGGAAGGAACCCCAGAUGUGUGGAAUGGACACAGAGCAAAGCUGCUGGAAUCCACCAUCAAGUAAUAAAAUCUCCCGACCCCAGGGAGUGGAGCACAACCUUCAUCUACCCUUCUAUGUGGCUCGGCCCAUUGCUGUGGAGGUUGAGAAACCCCACUCUUCUCCUAUAGGCUAA